AUGGAUUUGAUAGUUCUCAAACUCAUCCUUAUUGCCGUUAUGAUCUUGGGCACCUUGUUUGUAGGGCUUCUACCGAUGAGAGUUCUGCGUUAUCUUCGUCAUAGUGCAGCCAACGCUUCUUCUUCUCAGCAACAUAAGCAUGUUUCUCUUGUUUUGUGUUUGUUGACUUGUUUCUCAGGAGGUGUUUUCUUAGCUACUUGCUUUCUCCAUUUAUUCCCCGAAUUGGUAGAGAACGUUGAUGACCUUGAUAAGAAAUAUAAUUGGCGCGUAAAUUAUCCGUUAGCAGAACUGCUCAGUUGUUUUGGAUUCUUCUUUCUGUUUUUCAUUGAAGAGGUUGUUAUUCUAGCUAUUCCAUCUCUUGCUCACUCUCACAGUCAUGGGAACCAUCAUCCACAUUCAGAACAUACUCCAUUACAAACUGGUUUAAAUGAAAGUGGUUGUUGUAUGACAAGUGGAUUCCCGGCUCCUAAUCAACCUGUCCAGGAAGUACAAGUUGAAGUAGCCGGAGAAAGUUCUUCAGAUGAAGAUGUGGAAGCUGCUGGACAUUGUCAGAAACAUUGUCCUUUAACAGUUCAUCAAGUAAAAAAAAACACAGGACGUGAUACUCCGGAAUGUGCUGCGCAAAACGACAAAAGAUCCCGAUCUACUGAAUUACUAAUAUCACGUCGUUCAUAUGGAAGCAUUCCGUCCAAUCUAUCAAAACAUGAAUUUUUUCGAAGUUAUAGUGCUGGUUACCGAGUUUUUCAACCAUUAGCCGUUGCAGAGCCUGAAAGAUGCGAAACAAAUUGUGAAACUGUUAAUGAGGAUCCUCCAAUUUUAAUGAAAUCAUCACCUCAUGCUCACUCUCACGGUGUUCGUUCCGUCACUUUAGUUCUUGCUCUCUCCAUUCAUUCCAUCAUUGAAGGGGUAGCUCUAGGCGUAGGAAAUAAUGCAGCCGAAACUACUGCUUUGUUCUUAUCUCUUCUCGUUCAUAAGUUAAUUGUUGCCUUCUCUGUUGGCUUGCAACUGAGCAGAACACAUGCUCACCAGCUUGGAUGGGUCUUUGUAUCCAUGCUGACUUUAGCUCUGAUGAGUCCUCUUGGAGCUCUUAUUGGCAUGGUCUUACAAUCCGCUACGGAAGCUAGUUUUGGAAAAGAUCUUACAAUUACCAUUUUACAAGGUUUAGCUGUUGGUACAUUCUUGUACGUCACCUUCUUCGAGGUUCUACUCCACGAAAGAGAUAAUGAGCAUCCAAAUUUAUUGAAGCUGGUCGUAAUGAUAUUGGGCUUUGGUCUUAUUGGGCUUCUUCGCUUAAUAGACAGUCACGAUCAUGACCACAGUCAUGAGGAAUCUUUACUUGGAACAUCGACGUUGGCAGGGCCUUUGGUUGGAGGAUUAACAACCGUAAACUGA